AUGUGCAUCAUGCUCGUCAUCUUUGCGAUAUUCUCUUCUACCUCUAGCGCGUACCAGGUGCUAGCUGUGAAAGAUGACAUCAUGGUUCACUGCAGGUUUUACAUCUUCAAAAAUAUCGGUUCACCGUUCCCGCCAUCAUCUAGUGCCUGCUGCCAGGACGUGCGAGGAGCAAACGUUGUAAAUGUUUGUCAUGACUUUACUGACCAAGACAAGGCAAAAAUUGAUCUAUGGAAAUGGGCUGCGGUAACAAGAGUGUGUGGGAACGCCUUGCCCGUAGGAACCAACUGUGCUGGCUACAUUGUUCAUUGA